AUGGCGGGCUCAUCGAAAGACGGAGGAAAACUACCCGUCACCUGCAGGUACGCCAGAGAUCCAAGCGGAGGACCUGCGGCCAGGAGAAGAGAACCAUGUACGGGGGCUCUAGACGACGACUCAGCCUACGAAUCGUCAAUUUCAGGGAGCGACAGCACGUCAUUGCGAUCAUCCAUCACAAACUAUCAAUACGAAAACGGUCGUCGAUACCAUGCUUACCAUGCUGGAGAGUACUUUCUUCCCAACGACGAGGCAGAGCAGGAUCGGCUAGACCUUCAGCACCACAUCUAUCGACUUAAUCUCGGCGGUUCGCUAUAUAAUGCACCGAUCAAGGCCCCCCAGCGUGUCUUGGAUAUUGGAACAGGAACUGGGAUCUGGGCAAUUGAAUUUGCGGACGAAUUUCCCGGUGCUCUGAUCAUUGGGACCGAUCUGUCGCCCAUCCAGCCCGGAUUCGUUCCCCCCAACGUAAAGUUCUAUGUCGACGACUUUGAAGCGCCGUGGGAGUUUGGCGAAGACAAGAAAUUCGAUUACGUCCACUGGCGUUCGCUCUGCGGAAGCACGAACGAUUGGCCCAAAGUGUACAGUGAGGCGUUCAACAACCUAAAACCCGGAGGGUGGCUGGAAGUGCAAGAAUAUGAUGCAUGGAUCUUUAGCGACGAUGAUCCGGAAUUGAAAAAGGCCCCAAAUACCCUCCACUGGGUAACGAAGCUGAGCGAAGUCAGCGACAAGGUUGGAAAGCCGCUGAACGUCGCCCAAUUUCAGAAGAAGUGGAUGGAAGAAGCUGGAUUUCUCGAUGUCCAAGAAAAGGUGAUCAAGGUUCCCAUCGGCCCGUGGGCACGCGACAAAAAGCUCAAGGAGCUUGGCCGUUUUGAACGGUUGCAUAUGAACGAAUCCGUUGAGGCUCAUUCAAUGGCUUUUUUCACCCGAGGCUUGAACUAUUCCACGGAGCAGGCAAAAGUAACAUUUGAGUUGGUGAGAAAUGAGUUCAACGACAAGUCUCUGCACCUGUACACUGUUUAUCGGUUCAUCACUGGACGGCGGCCCUAA